CACCCCCGUGGGGAACAUGGUGCCCUAGCAGCGCCGGGACCAUGUCGGAAGCGGCCCGGAGCCACCUGCAGCGCUGGGGCGCCAGUUUCAGAAAGGGGACCGACUUCGACUCUUGGGGGCAGCUGGUGGAGGCGAUAGAUGAGUAUCAGAUUUUGGCAAGACACCUACAGAAGGAGGCUCAAUCUCAACCCAACAACUCAGAGUUCACAGAAGAUCAAAAGAAGAUCUUAGCUAAGAUUGCAACAUGCCUGGAAUUAAGGAGUGCAGCUUUGCAGUCUACACAGUCCCAAGAAGGAUUUAAGCUAGAGGAUCUGAAGAAACUAGAACCAAUCCUAAAGAAUAUUCUCACCUAUAAUAAAGAGUUCCCCUUUGAUAUUCAGCCCGUUCCACCAAGGAAGAUUUUAGCUCCUGGUGAAGAGGAAGACUUGGAGUUUGAGGAAGAUGAGGAGGAAGGUGGAGCUGGAGCAGGCUCUCCAGACACAUUUCCUGCUAGAGUUCCAGGUAGGGAAAACAGUACUUUAUUACCCAGAUUGCCAUCUGAACCUGGGAUGAUGUUGCUUACUAUCAAAAUUGAGAAAAUUGGUCUUAAGGAUGCUGGGCAGUGCAUUGAUCCCUAUAUCACAGUUAGUGUGAAAGAUCUGAAUGGAAUAGAACUUACUCCUGUGCAAGACACACCUGUUGCGUCGAGGAAGGAGGAUACAUAUAUUCAUUUUAAUGUAGACAUUGAGAUUCAGAAACAUGUUGAAAAAUUAACAAAAGGUGCAGCUAUUUUCUUUGAAUUCAAACACUAUAAGCCUAAGAAAAGAUUCACUAGUACCAAGUGCUUUGCCUUCAUGGAAAUGGAUGAAAUUAAACCUGGGCCAAUGGUCAUAGAACUGUACAAAAAACCCACUGACUUCAAAAGGAAGAAACUUCAGUUGUUGACUAAGAAGCCACUAUAUCUUCACCUUCAUCAAACACUACACAAAGAGUGACUCUUGUGAACUGAACCACUUGCCACAAAACCACAGUAGCUGCCUCUGUAGCAUUGAACCUUCAGCAGGCAGGAA